AUGAAUCUCUAUUCCAAGUACUUGGAGAUUGCUCCUUCAUUUCUUUAUGGUCUGUUAUGCUUCUCUGCCAUCUUAGUGUGGACAUUGUUCGCGAUUCUGACUCUACCCCUGUGGUUUCUGUUCAGAAUGUUUAAAUGGUUCCAAGGAGUUAUCAUUUCCUAUUAUAAACUGGGAAGAAUUCUGGCAAGUAGUGAUGUACCAUUCGUACAUGAGACCGAGAAUAAUCGUAAUUAUAUCAAUGGCUUGUUCGUGAUGGAGGGGGAAAUUGAUUUGGAUGAGCUUCGCAAACUCAUCAUCUCCCGUGUGGUCCAAAACAGUGAGGAACCUAGCUACGUUCGCAUGCGUAAACGCGUCGUCAAACAAUACUGGCGUUAUGUUUGGGUAGAUGAACAGGAUUUUGACAUUAAGAAGCACGUGUUUAAAUACGAUGGUAAUGCUCCACGUAGUGAAGAUGAACUACAGCAAACGUUAAGUGAACAGUUCUCAUCACCGAUGAGUGACGAUAUCUCACCUUGGGAGAUUAUAGUGACACCUAUGGACAUGCCAGGAAAGGAUCAAACAGCCAUUUGUAUGAGAAUUCACCAUACUAUAGGAGAUGCCUUCGCCUUGAUUGGCCUUUUUAGCAGGCUGAUGGAUAAGAAGCCAGAACUGCUACGCGUCAAAAAACCUGUGGCUACCCCUUGUGACAAACAGAAACAGGUAAGCUUGAAGUCAAACUGGAGGGCACCUUGGGUGGGGCGUGAGUUAUCAUCUGUGCUUGGUUGUGUGAAACAUGUACAUGCAGGGGCAUGCUCUACCGGCAACAUCAUGAAAUUUUCUAAAAAGUGAAGUCCCACCAUGUAACCACCAGUACCCGUACCAAACACCUGAAAGGUUGAAUCAUAUUUAAGAAAAUAUGCAACUUGCAGCCAUUGUGAGAUACCCUUUAAACUUUCAAGAAAGGAAAACGAGAGGAAAUACCUGAGAAGUCCAUCCAGUGUUUUACACGGUAAAGACAUCCAAGGUUUUCUUGCUGAACAAUAAUAUUAUUUUUGUAACCUAUUUUUUUUUCUUUAUAGUGUUGGAAGGCUAUUUUAUCAGCUCCAUUGGCUCUUCUGAGUGUAGCGCUAUCCACUGCAGACAAUCCCUUUCCCACCAAAAAGUUGUCAGGUGAAAAGCGAUUCAGCUGGACAAAACCAAUUGACCUUGAGCUUGUUAAGGAAAUCAAGACUAAAACAGGUAAUAACAAGGAAAAUAUUAAUCUUUCUGCAAGGAGCUUUCAAGUGUCACUAUUAUAAUCAAACAAAUCAUUAAUCAAUUGAUUUAUUACUCAUAUAAAUCACUCCCAUUAUUCCACUAAAAACCAUCCCCUUUGUGCUGAGGAUGUUGCGUCAGGUAUUCAUAACAAACACUUGCUUAUGUCCUCUCCCCAGGCACGACCGUGAACGACGUCCUAUCCACAUGCUUGGCUGGGUCAUUACGUCGUUACCUUAGCUCUGAGGGAAUUAAGGAAAAUCCCACGGAUAUCCAGAUUGCCGUCACUAUCAACACUCGCCCUCUCAAGGUCUUGUCAAAAGAAAACAUCCCCCUGGAAAAUCAUUCGACUGGCUUGCUGUAUAGUCUUCCUGUGAGCAUGGUGGAUCCAUUGAAACGUCUCAUGGAAACCAAGCGAAGAAUGGACAACUUAAAAUCCUCUUCGGACUGGCGUAUCUUUGGGUUUAUUUAUUCACACAUAGUUGGUCGCUUGCCUGAGUUCAUUGGUCGGUUUUCAUCCUUCUCACUCAAAAGACACUGCUCUCUGAUCCUUAGCAAUGUUCCUGGGCCCCUGACACCAUUUGAAAUCAAUGGCAAAGAAGUAGUUACUGCAAUAGCCUGGCCCCCAUUGAUCAGUGAUACUGGAGUGGCUAUUGCAGUGUUUAGCUAUGCGGGUGCUUUGCGCAUGAGUGUUUUGUGCGACAAAGCUGUGCUUUCAAACCCAACUAAGCUGACAGAAAAAUUUGUGGAGGAGUUUGACGAGAUUUACAAGUGCGUGAAAAAUGGUCCCGUAUUAGUGACUGCCGAGUCUGCUGCCAAAAGGAAGUACUUUUAG